ACUGGCUUGGUUCACUUAUCACACAGCACGUUGGGAGGCGGACGCUUCCCUCCGUGUGCUCGUACCGUGCCAAACAUGACUGAAAGUGAUUCAAAUUCAAGCAUAAAAAGGAAAUACAACGACCUGUCCUUAGAUUUAAACUUAGACCAAGUGACAGCUGAUGAAGCCUGGGCGAAUUACGAGAAUAUCAAGUUGAAAUACACCUUGGAGGGUGAACAGCUGACAUGGCUUGCUUGUGCUCUAUAUGCUGCAUGCCGGCGACGGUCAGUGCCCACUGUAGGGGGUCGGCCAGGCAACAUGAUCCAAGGGAAUUGUGUUUCCCUCACUCGCAUGCUGCAGCACUGCAAUCUACCUUUGACAGAAUUUAUCAAGAAGAUGAAAUCCUGGCUUGCAAUGUCCCAUUUUGAUGAAGGAUUUUGUAGAAGAGUUGAUCUUUUGGAGAGAAACUUUGCAGUCUCCAAUAAUAUUUUCAAGAAGUAUAAACCUAUAUUUUUAGACUUAUUUAAAAAUCCACUGAAUGACCUGCCUCGGCCUCCAAGAUCUCGUAAGCAAAGGAGACCUCCAUGCAAUUCAACAGAACUUUUCCACUUCUGUUGGACACUUUAUAUUUUGAUAAAAGGCAAAUAUCCAAGUAUCCCACAGGAUCUUGUGAGUUGUUAUUCCUUGUUGCUGGCAUCUAUUGAUCUCAUAUACAGAAAUGUGGUGCUCUCCAACCGCAAAGAUCUCAUCAAUCCAGAGUGUGAAGGUAUUUCAGCUGAAUUCUUGAAUAGUGAGUCAAGUGGGAAUGAGCUUUCAUCAUGGCCAGUGUCCAUCAUGGAUUAUUUGUGUGAGAAGUUUGAUGGUGUUCUGGUUGAGACCAAAGUGGUGAGAGAGUACUACUGGAACAAACACAUUAGGGAUCUCAUUGACAAAAAGGUACUGAAAGGAGGGGGUGAAGGUACUGGCCUCUUAGAGCAAGCCAACUUUGACCACAAUGUGAAAGAGGUGAAGAAUGCCUACGAAGAGUACCUGCUGAGUUACGGUGAAUUUGACGAGAGAAUGUUCUUGAAUGAAGAUGAAGUAGUGACAGGCUCUGUUGGGGCAUCUCCUCCAUCCACCAAGGCAACACACUUGGACUCUCCUGUCGAUACUUCUUCCAUGAGACAGGCCAGAAGGAACUUAGUCCAGUCAUUUGAUGGUGACUUGCAUCUUGUGCCGCUGACUCCCAUCACUGGACGUCGAUAUACCAUCAACCGGCCAAAUAUAGGCACAACACCCCUCACAGUGGUUACCUCUGGCUUGCAGAAGCUUUAUGCACUUCUUGCUGGCAGGAAAAACAGUGCAAGUGAAGAGUUACAGGAGAUGUUUAAAACGUGCAAAGAAAAUCCAGAAGAGAAGCUUGCAGCCCUGGUUACAGAGAUGAGUGAAGCAUUUUGUCGCUUGUACACUCAGUCCACUGAGGACUACAAUGGGCCUAGUAUGGACUUUGCCAAGAUGAGGUUGCAGAUGGGUCAAAUUCUGUACUACACCUUUUUAGAACAUAUAUUGAUGGAUGAGAAGAGAAGAGGAGUUGACUUGACACUGAUUCUGCAAGAAGAGUUGUUCCAUAAAACUCUGUUCACUUGCUGUGUUGAAAUAGUGCUAAGGUCUUACAAUGACCCGAGACGUUUUCCCUGGUCAUUGCAAUUUGCUCAAGUUGAACCAUAUUACUUCAUUCGGAUCAUUGAGCCUGUUAUCCGAUCUGAGAAGCAGUCAGAUAACCAACUCUCCAGAGAGUUAGUAAAGCAUCUCAAAGGAAUUGAAGAACAAAUCCUGGACUCCCUUGCAUGGAAAAGAGAUUCAUCCUUAUGGCAAAUACUGCAGAAUAGUAACAUGGAUAUUCCAUCAUGUCAAGAUGUUAACUUCUCUGAUCAGCUUGAGACUGAGAUGAACUCAACCACUCCUUCAGUUGGUCUUGCCACAACUCCCAUGUCCCCAGCUACAAAACUAGUCAAUGACAAGGCCACUCCAAUUAAUCUUCAACUUUCACCGUUAUCCACGAUCUCAGAAAGAUUUCAGUCUCCAGUCAGUCAGUCAUCAGCAAGAAGGACACUUUUUCCACCAUCUUCUUCAACUGCUUCAUCAAAUACUGUUCCAACACUUGCGGUGUCACGGUCUUCAUCAUUCAAUAACAGAGGAACCACUGGAACCUCUGUUAUCACAACUUGUGCUCCCUCCACAAUCCAGAAACCGCCCAGUCUCAUUACUAUUCAAGGAGCAGCUGGCUCUGCAGAGAGUAGUGCAGAGAACACUUCAGAGAAGGCAGCUGAUCCACCCAGCACAGACAAGAAGAAAGACAGACCAAAGAGGCAUGGUUCCCUAGCCCUGUUUUGCCGAAAGUUCUACACGUUGGCCAACAUGAGAUUACGAGAGCUCUGUGAUAGACUUGAUGUUAAUGAAAAAGAGCUUAGGAAAAAAAUAUGGACAUGUUUUGAGCACUCCAUUAUCCACUACACAGAACUGAUGCAAGAUAGACACAUGGAUCAGAUGAUCAUGUGUGCUAUAUACAUAACAUGCAAAGUCACGGGAAAUGAUAGAAUAUUCCAAGAAAUAAUGAAACACUACAGAAGCCAACCACAAGCAGCCUCACAUGUCUACCGCAGUGUGUUGAUAUCAAGAUCCAGUGCUCCAAAUGUUGCCUUGAAAGUGGAAGGUUGUAGGGGGCAACAGGAAGGAAGUGCCCCUCCAGCAACACCAAGUCAGAUGACUGGAACAUCAACCAGCUUUGACCAAGAGGAAAGAGGUGAUCUCAUAUUAUUCUACAAUCAAGUAUAUGUACAAAAGAUGAAAGCUUUUGCUUUGAAGUUCAGAGCAGUUCAAGAGGGUGACCUUCCUCCAUUAUCACCAUUGCCAGUUGUACGACACACACCCGUGUCACCACGGCGAAGAAUCUCCUCCAAUCACUCUGUUUACAUCAACAAUCUCAGUCCAGUGAAAGGCAAUACAGCAAUGUCACCUCGGAAACCACUGCCAUAUUACUUUAAUCGCAGUCCAGCUAAGGAUCUGAGAGUCAUAAAUAAUAUGCUGAAAACCAAAGGAGUGGGAGCUAAGCGCUUGUUGGCCGAGACAGACUUUGGUGGACCAGACAUAAAGCGUCCUCUGAUGAGUGGCAUGUGCAGACGCAUCCAGGGAGUGUUGGGUGACCGCAUGUCAGGCACACCCACUCCAGAGCUCCAACAAGAUUCAGACAGUGCUCCAGAGGUGUCUACACUACCACAGAAUGGUCAUGCAGCAGAACCUUCCAGUGAGGACUAUUCCAAUACAGAUCAGGCAUAGUCUCUAGAAAUCUGUACUAAAAAUGCCAUUAGAAAUAAUGGCCUAAAUCAGUGCUUAUUUGAAAGCUUUACUUUUGUAAAGUUCCUCACUUUCAAGAAACUUAAUCAUAAAAAUGAUUUUGUAUAUAGUGUGUUAUGUAAUUAUAUCAGUCACUUUUUUUUUUUUUAAUCUGCAGUCAGAUUUCACAUUGCAAUAAUUUGUGUCAACCUGUCAUGUUUUCCUGUUAACAGACGAAGUAAAGUUGACACAAGACUGUCAAGCAAUGCAUGAUAAGCUUGUAGAAUAUCUGAUUCUUGGUAAUAUUGUUCAAGAGAGUUCACUGGUGAUAAACUGACUUACUGCAUGUCUUGGCUUAUAAGGUUACUGAUUAAGUAAGACCCACAAAUUUUCAAGAUAAGAUUUUGAGCUAACUCAACUAUAUUGGGUGGUAUUUGUAAUGGUGUACUUUUACAAGAGAAAUUAUAAUGGAAACUUGUGAAAUCAGAUAGGCAAACCAGGCAAUACAGUGAAAUCAACCAAGCCCCUCUGCUGUUCAUGUAUGGUUUGCAAAGAAAGGUGUCAUUAUCCUUACUUGUCACUCAUCAGUAAGAUCAUCAAAACAUCACAUAUGGUGUAUGUUUCAUACACCAGCCAUUAUGAAAGUAAAUAAUCAUAUAAAGAAGAGGGCAGCCAACUAGUGUAUAUGAGGUGCUUGAUUUGUCUGAAAUGGGACAUGACAGGCACCAGAAGGUAAACCCUUUAUUGAGAGAUUUCAAUUUGCAUUCACACACAUUUCACCUGUAACAAAGCUCACAUGAGGAAAUCAGAUAUUUAACAUGUGAAAUCCUAAUCUGUUACAGCUUCAUAUAUGAAAUCCUUCAAUAACAUCUGCCUUCAGGCUUCCUGGCAUGCAACAUUUCAGGAAAAGUUACUGAUCAUGUAAAAACUAGUGGGGUUGUUCUCUGUUUCCGUAUGUUUACUGUUUUGCUGAUUCUACCGAUCAGUAAGUUCAUGAGCAGGUUAUAGUUAUGUAUAAAUUUGACAUUCUGUAUUGGGCAUAGAGUCAUCAUAUAAGCCAAGAUAUGUGGUAUCUACAUUUGAGGAAAUUUUUAUAAAUAUAUAAUGAAUCUUAUAUAAAAUAACAAAUGUUUAUCAUUGUAAUUAAGAUAUUUUUAUCAAUAACUAUACACUUUGAACCAUUUUAUUUUAAAUUUAUAGGAAUAUUCUGAAAUAUUGUUUCAAUUAUGAAAGUAAAUUAUUCUGUUAUAAUUGUAACAAAGUCUUUCAAGCCAUUUGAAUGGGUCAGUCUCGAGAUAUAAUUAAGUAAGCACUGGAAUCAUCAGAGGUGCUAACUUGUAAAACAUUAGAUAGCAGUGCAGUGCUGGCAGUAAUACUUGAGCCCUCAGCAUCAUUAUGUUUAUCAAUGUGGAAGAGUUUAAGUCUUUGAUCACAGGGAAAGAAAUACAAGAGUGAGUGAAGGAGGUGAAAGGUGCAGGUUUGGAUUUGUGCAGAAUGUUUGAUGCAAAAUUGCUAUGAGUGGUUAGUAAGAUAGUAAAAUGUUGGUUUCUGGAGCAACAUCAUAGUGAUUGACAGUGCAAGUGCAUGCAUUUUUCUUUGAAAUAAAGCGUGAGUACUAGUUUUAAGGCUAUAUCCAGUGGUGUUGGUAAAGUGAUGGUAAAGAGGAUUGUCUCAUAGGAUCAGGUGUUUGCUGUAGGAUAGGUAUGUGUCUAGUGCGUGGUUAAAGGCAAGGGUGUGUUUUGGGUGAUCGUGAAUUUUAAAUAUAUAACAUGAUAUUGUAGGCUGUUAAAAUUUUUUCCGUAGUUUGUAUAGGUAGGUAGCUAAUUGUUAAAAUGAAUUUUUAAUGAGAGCAGUUGAGCAAUUGAGAAACAAUGUGUGAAUGAUAUCCUGUUGAAGCAGGGCACAUUAGGGAUGUGCAAUGUUGCCUUGAUAUUUAAUUUCUGUGUGGAUGAUGAUGUAAGGGAGGUGGAUGUGAGGACUAUAGAUAGAAAUUUGUAUCUAGUAGAAGUUGCAUUUGAAUCAGAUACUGCACUAACAAGUGUAAAAUUAUGGGUAGUUGUUGACUGACCAAUUUGAUUGUUUAGUGUUUCAUACACCAGGCAUUAUGAAAUUUUGUAAAGAAAUUUUUUAAAUUAAAUCUAGUUUAUGAAAUGUAAUAUUACAGGACUGCUCACAAAAGCACCUCUCAAACAUCCUGCUCAGUCUUAUACACUAACCACAAUCCCCUGCAUACCAAUCAUAACUUCCACUUUUUCCACUUCUAACAGUUAGUGUCUAUAAAGAGGAUGAGGAUUACUUUUGUUAAUAAAUCAGCCAAAGACUGAUGCAAAAUUAUUUGAAGUCCAGCUUAGGUGAUAAAACAUAUGCAAUAGAUUUCAAUCAUAUUUACUUUUGUGCAAAUAUAACUAGGUCUUCAGUCAAUGACUACCUUUACUGCUUAAGAAGUGUGGAAGAGGAUGACAAGUAUGGCUUCUAACAAAUUCCUCGUGAUGGCAAUAAAUGUCAUUAAAUUUAGGAUGAAUGUUAAAAACAUUGAAGCAGAGAUGCAAGGAGGAUUGGAAAGUGUUCAAAAUGAAUGCAGAGAAGAGGUUGAGGGAGUAGAUGUGAACUGCAUUUUCUGUAGCUAAAAUAUGGAACAUGAAAGCAGAGACAAUCUAUGAUAAUGUAAAAAAGUAACAUGGAUUGAGGAAGUACCAUAUGAUAUGAACUUAAGAUAAACAAAGGAAGAGUGAUUGGUGAAUGAGACUGGGAGUGUGAAGAAAACAUUAGAUAAAAGAGUUAUGUCUGGACUAAGAAGGAAUGGUUGCACAUGGAAAUGAUAAAUAGGAAGCAGGUGUGUGUGUGUUAUGUUUUUUAUCUAUUUUAUCCAAUUAAUGUUUCAAGUGAAUAAACAAUGUUCCAAGCCAGGUAGCUAAGCCCAUUUAGGCCUGCUAGUGCUACACCAACACACAACUAUGGCUAGUUGACUAGUUCUGAUGUGAAAGAAGCAGGUCUAUUAUGGUGCAUUAGGGAUAACUAGCACAGCUGUUAUGUCCUGCAACAGCAAUUACUAGAUAUGCUAUGCAAUCGACUCACAUGCAUUAUAGUGCUGUGAGAAUGGGUCAUCUCUUCCUAGAGGGCCUAAAAGCUAAAAUGUGAGGAAAUACUUGUAUGUAUACUUCUUCAAAGAGGAUGAGACUGGUAUAUAGGUGGAUAUAUCAAUAUAAUGUUAGACUAUUUACAAACAUGAUCUCAAGUUCCUAGCAGUUUACAGUAUAGUAUUGGACUUGCUAAGUAGAUCAAAUAAAACAUUAUAUAUUUAUCACUAAAUACAGCCCACCUUUUCAUAAUUUUACUUAGCAUGUUGUAAUUAGUAUUUGACAAAGCAAGAUUAUAUAAUUUUUCACAAAAGACCUGUAGUGACUUAAAAAAAAAAAGCAAUAACAUGUAAAGCAUUCUUUCUGACUCCCUCCAGACUCACUCUAUGUGGACAAGGACUGUUAAGUCAUCCAAAUUUGUUAAUCUGAUGUUUUCAGAAAUUAAGAAAAUUGUGGCUUGUGAACCAAGUGCAGAUUUUCAUGGGGGUGAGGCAAGUCCAACCUCAUCAAUUAUUAUAAACACAUUGAAUUGGCUUUUAUCUCAAGUGAAAGUUAUUUCCUUUUUUAGAUGCAAUCAAAUAUUUCCAAGUACAUAGAUACUCCUUUUUAUAGAUGCAAUCAUCACUAUUGUUCCAUUUUUUGGGGUUAUCUUCAUGUUCUAACUAGUGUAAAUAGUGCACAAAGUAAAAUUUGAAAAGAGUGUGUUAGUAUUGCAGGGAGAGAAUGUUGCCUUUGUACAAUUGCCAUUCCUUCAUAGUUGUUAGACAUUAGCAUAGGAAAGAUUUUUUUGUUGAACUCACAGAAACUCUAGUAGUGUUAUUUCCAUGUAUAUUCUAUUCAGGUUUUGUAACUUAACUCCUUUGCACAAUAGGUUUACUAAAUUAAUCAUUUCCUUCAAGAAUUUUUUUGCCAAAUUGCCAUCAGAACUAAUUUUAGUACAAAGGCAACACUCCAUUUGUAAUAACACAUGAGACAUACUGGACAUGAUUGUAUGUUGACUAAGCUUUAUCAGUUGUAAAAUUAUAUAAAUGAAGAGGGCUCAGGAAUAUUUUUGCUUUAUAAAGUAUUUUGAACAUUUAGGUAUGUCAAAGCAUGAUUUCGGUAAACCUUUAUUUAUACAUAACAUAUGUAAUGUUUAGGAUGAUGGGUUCGUGAAUAUCAUUACUUUGAUGAUAGAAACGACUUAUACCUGGAAGAAUUUAAAAUUACCUUUAUGGUAUUAGAGCAAAUCAUUGACAAAUUUUCUAGCACAAAAGUUUUGUAACAUUCCUUGUGUUUGUGAUGAGAGAAGUUAUUGGAAGUUACAAGUUUAUGCUGUACGCAAAAUGAUAUGGACUCCUGAAUCGGUGUCCACUAUCUUGCUCAAUUCGCCAACCUUCAAGGCAAAUGCAGCAUCUUCAAAUGGCUUUUGCAUUGCUCCACGACCAAACAAUCCAAGAUCUCCUCCACGCUUGGCCGAGCUACAGUCAGACACCUGAGAGAAAUGAAAAAUGGAUUUUUCAUUACAACCAAUCAUAACCUGAAAUACAAGUUGAUGUGCAUAAAACUAUUUUUCAAAUGGAAAAAAUUUGAGAGAAAUAUUUCUAAGAAGCAGAAAUUCACUUACCCUACUAGCUAAUUCAGCAAAUGAGGACUGUCCAGAUGUGAUUUCUGCACGGUAUUCUGCGAAUAAAAAAAUUGUUUUCUAGUAA